GUCUUCAUCGUGUCUCUCCGUCGUGUCCCGGACGCAGCAACCGAGACUUACAGACGAGGAAAGCGUUCGACUAAGCUCCAUCAUGAUGACGCUGCCGACCGACGAGGUGCCGCCGCCUCCGUCGUCCCGUGGCGGUUCCACGGCACUGGUUGUGAUGGCCGACGCGCCAGAAGACUCGAUGGUGGCCAACUCCAGCCAGUCGGACUUGGAGCUGCAUCUGCUGAAGACCUUUGCGGCCUACACUGGCCAACAGCUCGUGCAGUCGUAUCUGAGCGUCAAGCAUGCGUCGAGAGUAACGCGCUACCUGGCAGAUAUGACGGAGAGCUUGGCUUCUCGCUCAGGACUCGUCGCGUUGGUGCGCAUCCUGUUCAACCAGUACAUGAGACUCGGUCAUCCGUUUGUGCAGCAGGUGGAUAACGCCAUGGGCAAGCGCGUCAUUGACGCUGUGGUCAGUGUCUUGAUGCUGGCGGAGCAGCAGCCUGCAGCACACGACAAGCAGCCUGGAAUCCUGGCUCUGGAAGACGAGAGUAACGACAAGAGUGUAGCAGUCAGUGAUGAUAUAUCAGCGACGACCAAGCUGUCUUACGCUGAGCGAUUCCAGGCGCUACUGCUGGGCGAAGUACCGAGGAUGGAGCAAGUGCUGAUCGAUGCGCGUCGUCAAGCUGAAGAGGAAGCGCGAGCCAAAGCGGAGGAGGAGGCGAGACAAGCCCUGCCGCCGGUUGUGAUGGACCUCAAGGACUUUGUGCCUUUGGACGAAGUGGCUCGACUCACGGACGAGAGCAAGGAGCAGCUACUGGAGGCCUCAAUGAAGACAGACCGCCUGCGCGCGCAAAUGAAGGAGCUGACACGCGAGAAGCAGCGACUGGAGCAGCGUCUGACGGACGUACACAAUUACCAGGAGACUGAACGUGGUCAGCGCUUCAAGGAUAUGGAGGAGGAGCUGGCACGCACCAAGCUGGAAGCCAACCAGAAGGCACAUGACUUGCGUAAACUGGAGCUCGUGGUGGAGGCGCUACAGCGCAAGAAGAAGAAGAGCAAGAGCCGCAAGGGCGACAACCAAUCCAACGCGUCCGAUGGCGCGCCGCCGUCUCCCGUCCCCGAGAAGACGUCCAAGAAGGUCUACGAGAGGAAGCGCAGCAGCAUUACAGCUUGA